GAGAGAGAGGUCCCCACCUUUUCUCUGGAGCUCGUGGGCAGGGCGGAGUUGGCGGCCAACCUGCUUGCAACCGAAGCCGCAAGCCCGCCAACCCAAUCCAACCAUUCGCCGACGUCGAUUCAUUGCAAACACACCUGAGCUUGACACUCUCGCCGCCGACCACCGACCACCGGCCACCUGCCUCCUCUUCUUCAACAGCAAUCGAAAUCAGAAAGACUACUACUUAGAUCCCUAAAAUGUCGGCUCAAAGCUCGGCAGGCAUCCAGACCCUCCUCGAGGCCGAGAGGGAGGCGUCCAAGAUUGUCCAGAAGGCCAGGGAAUUCCGGACGAAGAGGGUGAAGGAGGCCCGUGACGAGGCCAAGAAGGAGAUUGACGAGUACAGGGCCAACAAAGAGUCCGAGUUCAAAGAGUUCGAGGCCAAGCAUUCCGCAGGUAACCAGCAGGCCGAGGAGGCUGCCAACAAGGAGGCCGAGGUCAAGAUCGGCGAGAUCAAGGAGCAGGCCAAGAAGAACCAGGACCAGGUCAUCAAGGACCUCCUGACAGCCGUCUUUGAGCCGAAACCAGUCGCUCCUACGGCUUCUUAGGCGAACCGCCGCCCGAGUCGUGCAUCACUUCUUCCUGUGCUUAGGGGAAAGGAAAAGGGGGCUCUGUGGGAGGGCGCAAGUCGAAAGACCCGCUCGAGUUUAGCACUAUGAUGUCGAAUAGAAAGGAGGAGGGGUCGGGAGACGAGCGACGGCCACUAACCUGAACGGCGCAACAUCACCCCCGCACCCCGCUGUUUGGUGUCGGUUGGAUCGUGUUUCCAAAGUGGGCAAUCGUGGAGACAAGUUUGGGCGGUGCUGGUCAAGGAGGUCGGGCGCGUUGCGUCGAUCCGACAGUUUUUGUAUGUCGUGGAUAUCUUGAUUACAUUGAUAUACAUAUACAUGGCGUAGAUGAACGAUGAUGAGUAGUCCCCACCCCUUCA